UUGGUCUGGUUAAGUUUCCUGCCUCCUCUUUUAACCUGAAGAUGCAGAAGCUGAACCCACAACAUCAUUUUGGAUGUGUGUGCAAGCAACUCCAAGAAAAUCUUCCUGAGAGCCACUGGCCAUGUGAGGCCACAGAGUUUCAUAAGAAGUUGGCUUGCUACCCAGUGUUUCGUUUGGAUACCAGGAAGGGAGAUUCUAACGGCGGGAGAAACCACAAGUCUGAUCCCUGAAUGAACAAGGGAGCACUCAGAUCUCCAGGCUGAGCAAAGGGCAGCUAGGAAGCUGAGGAGAAAGGAGUUUUUGAGUCACAAAGUCCAAGAUGAGGGUGCCCCUUCUCCUGCUCUUGGCUUCUUCUCUGCAUGCCACAAGACCACUGGGUGAAAAAGCCUUCCCAAAGAGAGAGGCCCGGAGGGUUUCAUCAUGUGUGCGAUGCUGCGGGCCGGCUGAGCAGCCCAGCUCCAUCACCGCUUCCCGCUACACUCGGAUGACCAGCGACUCCGUCUAUGCCAUGCCCAGGAUCCAGCCCACCAUCAACAUCACAAUCUUGAAAGGCGAAAAAGGUGAAAUGGGAGAGCGAGGAAUUUCUGGCCUGGAAGGCAAAGCGGGUAAACGAGGCCUUCGUGGUCAUAGCGGCCAGAAAGGGCAAAAAGGCCACAUUGGGCCACCAGGCAACUCCUGCAAGCAACAUUACGUGGCCUUUUCUGUGGGCCGGCGGAAACCCCUCCACAGUUCUGACUACUACCAGCACGUCACUUUCGACACCGAGUUCGUCAACCUCUACAAACACUUCAACAUGUUCACGGGGAAGUUCUUCUGCUAUGUGCCAGGGAUCUACUUCUUCAACCUCAAUGUCCAUACCUGGAAUUACAAGGAAACCUAUCUCCACAUCAUGAAGAACGACAACGAGGUGGCCAUUCUCUACUCGCAGCCCAGCGAGCGGAGCAUUAUGCAGAGCCAGAGCCUCAUGCUCGACCUCCACGAAGGGGAUGAGGUUUGGGUGCGGAUGUUCAAGCGGGAGAGGGAGAACGGCAUCUACAGUGAGGAGUCAGACAUCUACAUCACCUUCAACGGCCAUUUGAUUAAGCCAGCCGUCGAGUGACAGGCUCCAGGUCUAAGAUAGGAUAAGUGGUCCCACCUGUUCUCUCAAGGGGGCAUGUCCAUGGACUGCUUACCUACAUGGGGUCCAAGAGAAAUUUGGGAGGGUAACCCAUGAACAAGUGCUUUGAGGCUUGCUGUUUCCACCAGGUCCUCAUCUGCACCGUAAAGCA